AUCCGAUACCGUACUGAUGAAACUGGCCUCAUCGACAACCUUUGGACAUUAGGAGGUAUUAGAGUCAGAAAAUGGAGGACAGAAACGCGUUCUGGUUAAGGUGUGUGGUUUUGAUUAUAAGUGUGUGUUGGAUCUCAGCUGACGUACCUUUACACGGCCUGGACACAAGUGUAUGUAACCCAGCCACAUUAACCAAUACCGGUACUAAAACGAAACCGACAUUAUCCACAACAUACAGUGUAAAUAUAGAGUGCAACUUCCAAGAUAAGAAACAAACUAUUGAUAUCAAAGAAUAUUAUGAUUACCCUAACCAGAGAGCGGCUGUUGUGGAGCACGAGGUUGGUCUAGUCGCUAAAGGUCUUUAUUCCUAUACAACUAACCAACUCUUCACGAUUGAGGACCAACUCAAAACAUGCAGUGUGGCGCAGAUAUCCACAGACAAAUCGGACAACUGGCUCUUUGGCUCUCAGACAAGCAGUACCAACCCUAAUGUAACUAAGAUGUACAGUGCCUACGGCGCGCUCCAUUUUGGCGGAAACCAGACGGAGCAAUAUAUGGGCACCACAAAAGUUCGAGGAAUGUUAGUGGAUCAUUGGCAAUCAUGUCUUUACUGGUCAAACAUGGACGCCACUAUGAAGGUCGACUGGUAUUUCACAGCGGAUGGCUGGAAUACCGCCAUUCAGUCCAAAGUUCCGGUCCGCGCUGUUGUGAUCGGUAACGUUUGGGACGUAAACGGAAAUGUACGUUCACCCCGUCCUAUUAACCACACCUACGAAUUUGCUGAAUACAGGACUCAAUUUUCGGAUUUGACUAAUCUGGCUGAUGUUUUUGAGACGCCAUCAGGGUAUGUUUGCCCGGGAAGAAAAGACACAAAACCUGUCCCAACACCAUCCAACUAUUUCCGGUUUACUUCAGAAAUUUUGAAUCCUGGAAAGAAAUCGAUUGGAUUUAUUAAAGAAUGGUACGACUUCAACAUGAGUUUGGUGAGAUACGACUACAAACCAAAUCCCUUAUCCUUUAAUCCCUAUGGCCUUGAUAAACUGUCCGAAGUCCACGACUGGAAUGAGGGCGUGGCCUACAGAAUGGAUGCCAAACGCGGAAACUGCACAGUCACCACUAUAGCUGGUAGUGAUUUUGACGCCCAUUCCCUGGACGCUGCCACUGUUAGAAUACGUACGGCCAAGGAAUUUUUCUACUUCGACAAGACACAGUAUGCUUACGAGGGCGUGAAAAAAGCACGUGGUGUAGAUUGUGAUGUAUGGAUAGCCACAAGAAAUGAUUGGCCAGUGGGAGGACCUGUCAAAAGCACGUGGGAGUGGUAUUUUGCUGUGAAUGAUUGGGUUCAGAGCACGGGACACACGUAUGACUUUGGAAUGCCUAUUCAGAUGAAACUGAACACGGAUGAAAUAUCAUUCACUUAUAACAUCUAUAACUAUGAUGAAGAACAGCCCAGCAUUUUUGACUUCGACAUUUCAACGUGCUUCAAUUACACACAGAAAAGAGAUUUUACCUUCAAAAUUAACGCAAUUUACCAGAAUACAGUGGGAAAGAAUUUACAACUGUUCAAAUAUGAAGUUCUUCUGACAGUUCACAAGUGGACGAAUCUCUCACCUCUCAGAAUCCAGGAAAUUAAGGUUGACUAUGACACAACUUCCGUGAUUGUUACGUUAACCAUCCUGGGAGGGUCCCCGAUAAAUGGUGACGUCCCAAACCCUAAGGCUCAAGUGGAUCUCGAUCAGGCUGCCACCUUACUAAAUGACGCCAUUAACAAAGGGAGUUUCCAGAUACCUGUCGACAUUACAAACCUAGGGAAUCCAAUCAUAUUACAGGCCCGUCCAUAUACCCUGACUACCAGUCAGAACACUUUCGUACCAGAAUACUACGUAGCACCGGCCCCUUCCAAGACAACGUACUCAGGAGGUCAAAUGGCGGGACUCGGGGUCGGGAUGCUGGUAUUCGCCUUCAUUCUAGUGUUCGUGGCCGCGACUGUCUACUUCAAAAAAUUCAACACCUCGUCUUCCAAACAGACCGUUUCAGUGGAAAACCCUUCAUAUAACAAGGAUUAAACAUCAUUCUGUCAUUUUUACAUCAUUUCCGGUUUUACAAUGUGGAUCUGGUGUUGGGUAUGUGCUGACAAAAGUGAACUAAUGUCUUGAGAGAUAUAUGUAAUUUUCAGAUACAACAUUGUCGGUAAGGUUUGGUUGAUUUCAUUUUCCUACUCAUCAGCUGUAAGAAAACUCGCGGGGAAACGUCACAGAUCGUUAUUAGAUGUUUGUCCUUGCUUAACGAUGAAAUGGACCAAUUAAAAUUGGUGUUGCGUUUAAACUAUCAUGACGCUAUCUGUCAUCCGAAAUAAAUUAGCACGUCAGUCGUGUGUGCCUUUGCUGUUUUUAGUUGAUGUUGGUUUUUAAACUGUAUAUCCUUGAUAUGUACACUGUAACAUUCAGAUCGUCAUUAUUGUUUUAAUAAAUUUCCUGAGUUAGUACAUGUACAACAAAUUAGCAUUGAGCGAUGAAAGGUAAUAUACUGUGAUCGGCUUUUUCUGAUCAGCGGUAUUUGCCUAUUUAAGGACGGGUCCUCGGUGAGUUUGUCUGUGGGUGAUUAUUAGGAAGACGAAGGCAACCAUCGGUGUCUGACGACGUUGUAGCAAUAUUAAAUGUAUUUAAGUGCAGAAAAGAGGAAUAUUCUCAUAUUGAUUUAUCUGAUACAAAAUAUAAGAGACGAUGCAUUGUGUGUCAGAUCUCUGAGGACGUAAACAGCUUUUGUCCUGGGGUGUGUGUGUGUGUGAUCUGAACCGUCAGAUUUAAGUUUUCAUCGUGUAUUUAUUAUUUCUAUGUAUUCAUGAAUGAAAUAAAAGAUGUCAUCUGUA